AGGGCAGGGCUCCGAUGCCUGGAGGGAUGCACGGUGCUGGGAUCUGCUCCCAGGGGCACAGCUGAGUGGGACCAUGUGGGAGCAUGUCCGGAAAGCUCUGCUGGCCUCUCUUUCCGUGAGCUCCAUGAGCCUCUGGAAGUGGGUGCGGGCUUUCUGGAGCAAAAACGGCCUCCUGACCCUGUCAAUGCUGUCGGUCGCCACCGGCUGCCUCCUGGGUUUCCUGCUGCGGGCGCUGGAGCUGACGGAGCUGGAGAAGCAGUACUUUUCCUUUCCUGGAGAGCUCCUCAUGAGGAUGUUGAAGAUGCUGAUCCUACCCUUGAUCACCUCCAGCCUCAUGUCUGGGCUGGCCACCAUGGACUCAAGGGCCUGCGGGAAGAUGGGGGUGAUCACCAUCACCUACUACCUUUGGACAACCUUCAUGGCGGUGACCAUCGGGAUCAUCCUUGUGGUCAGCAUCCACCCUGGCGCAGCCGCCCAGAAGGAGGACUAUUCCGUGGGGAAAGUGGUGCUCAGCUCCGCUGACGCGUUGCUGGAUCUGAUCAGAAACAUGUUUCCUUCCAACCUGAUCGAAGCUUCAUUCCAGCAGUAUCGAACUGUCCUUGUCCCAGUGGUGAAGUCCCCAGGAUUUCCAAAGAUCCCAGGGAAAUCCCUCAGUUUUAUUUACUUUGCACCUGAUGAUGAAAACCCUGAAAUUCAUCGCCCUGUGUUUCUCGAGCUGACGCCAUCUCCUGAGAUGACCUACAGGACCCUGCCCGGGACCAGCAAUGAAAUGAACGUCUUGGGGAUCGUUAUCUUCUCAGCAACGAUAGGACUUCUCUUGGGGAAAAUGGGCGAGCGAGGAGCCCCAUUAGUUAACGUGUGCCAGUGUCUGAAUGAAGCAGUUAUGAAAAUUGUCUCGAUGGCAGUCUGGUACUUCCCCUUUGGCAUUGUAUUUCUCAUUGCUGGAAAGAUCCUGGAGAUGGAAGAUCCCUCGGUUAUAGGACAGAAGCUGGGACUAUAUGCCAUUACAGUAGUGUCAGGGCUGGUCAUCCAUGGACUUGUUCUCUUACCUCUGCUUUUCAUGCUCAUCACCAAGAAAAACCCCUUUGCUUUCAUCAAGGGAAUACUGCAAGCCUUGCUGAUUGCCUUAGCUACAUCCUCCAGCUCAGCAACCUUGCCCAUCACCCUCAAGUGUCUUCUGGAAAACAACGGAAUAGACAGGCGCGUGGCACGCUUCGUCCUGCCGGUCGGGGCCACCAUCAACAUGGACGGAACUGCGCUGUAUGAAGCAGUUGCUGCUAUCUUUAUCGCUCAGGUCAACGAGUACGACUUGGACUUGGGACAAAUCAUAACAAUAAGCAUAACAGCAACAGCAGCGAGCAUAGGGGCGGCCGGGAUCCCCCAGUCGGGGCUCGUCACGAUGGUCAUCGUGCUGACGUCCGUGGGGCUGCCGACUGCCGACAUCACGCUCAUCGUGGCCGUGGACUGGGCGCUGGACCGAUUCCGAACUAUGACCAACGUCCUUGGAGAUGCUCUGGCUGCUGGCAUCAUACAACAUAUCUGUGAGAAAGACUUUGCCCCAAAGCCCCCUAAGGUACGUACAGCUUAUCCAGUGAGCAACACAGACAAGUUUCCUUCUGCAGAGACCUCACUUCUGCAUCCCAAAGACAACGUGAUCGAACUGAUUGAAGAAAAUUUGUUUGAUCAGACGGGAGUUCACUACAACAUCUGUCAAGUGUAGAUCACAGCAUUCCCAUGCCCAGGAUGGGAUCUCGGUGCUAAACUGAUGCAUAUGGAUGCUCUACAUGACAAAGGCCUUACUUGGCACAAAAAGUAGAAAAAUCCUCUACCCUUUGAAGACUUUGGGACUCUCCAAUGAGCAGAGCCCGCUGCUUGUACAGGAGGAUAUGGCUGGACUGGCUGUUCUGUCUAAAGCAGCUGGAAUUUGAAGGUUUUAUGCCACACGUUUUCUCAAGCCCAGUUCUCUUCCAAAGUUAGGGAGGAGAGCAGGUACAGGGAAGUGGGAACUAGACUGGAUUAGAAAGUAACAGAGAUGCGAAAAUAAUCGGACACCUUACAUCGGCAGCCUUUAUCUGCUGUCCAGGCUGCAUGCUGUAAGGCUUUAUUUUCUUUAAUAUAUUUUUUAAAAUCUUUUUUAUUAAUAUAUAUACAC